CUCUGCAUUUUUCCCACAUCACUAAUUAUGGGCUCCUUUCACACAUUCUUUCGCAGCAAACAUACACAAACACAUACUGUCACCACCAGCGAUGCACAUUUAUUUGCGUUCACAACGUUUCGGCUGUCAUUUUGCCACUGUUUACAAGCAGUAUAUAGAAAAAAUUUGUCGCGUUCGGUCAUAUUUUCAACGUCGGUCGGUAGCUAAAUGUAGCUUAUGAAUGCGAAAACUAAAUAAAUAAAACAAUAAAAAUGUGCUAAAUGCAGUGUCAAAGUAAUUAUUGAAAAUUCCAAAUAAUAGCAAUGCAAAAAGAUGCCUUAAAAAGUGUGUGGUGCAACGUGAAGAAAGUAGUCGCUGGCAAAUAUAGCAAAAACAAUUUAUGGCAGCCAUUAGUCGGUUAGAAGAGGCAAAGAUUUUCUCGUUGCGUGUGUGCUCGUUUUUACCAUUGUACGUUAACCCGUCGCCCCUUGCCUGGCCUAAACUUUAUAUCUCGAAUGCACGCCGAAUGAGAUACGCUCGUUUACUCUUUUCUUACCAGUUUUAUCACACUUUCCUCUUCUCCCAUUUAUCUUUACAUUACAUGCGUCAACGUCAUUGAUGUUUGGUGUUUGGUUUUGCCUGCCAAAACAAAUUUUUGCAAUUUGGUGCGUAUCGAUUGUAAAAGUGUAAUAGAAAGUGUACAUAAAGCGGUGGCAUUAUAGUGAAUAUAUUAAAAUUAAUUAAAAAAAUAUAGCUGCAUAAUAAAUGCUCUGUUUACUAUUUAUACAAUGAAAAUGCAACUCUGUGGCAGGCAUUAAGAAACGUCAAUAACCAGGCGUCGACAGACCGAUUAUUUGGUGUUGCCUUUUGUGUAGCUGAUUUUGUGUAUUUUUUUAUUUAUUUUUUUUUGUAAUCAUUUUGCUAUUAACUCGUCGCACUCCGCAACGCGUGUUGCCUGCUGUUAUCCAACAAGUAACCAGAGCAGUCCAUCCAAUCAGUCAUCCAUCCAAUUUCAAAUAUUUUUUUUUUACGAACGUUUCGACGUGUGUGCGCCCGAAGCUCUCCACCCACACAAGCUACAGCUGUUUGACGUGUGUUUUGUUUUUUUUUUCGUUUUUGCUUGUACCGCUUGCAAAUGUUAAAUACGAUUAAUAUAUGUGUGUAUGUAUUCGCAACAUAACUACAUACAUAUUGUUUAAAAACAUAAAUUCUUAUUUAAAAUCAAAGUGAGGGAAGCUGAAAGAAGACGCACAUUUACCUUGCAAAAAAUAAUGAAAAAUUUAGCAAAAUAUUAGCUGAGAAGUGUCACAAAAGUGAAACGAUUUCAAAAGUUGGUUGGCGCCCGCCCACCCCCUCAAGCAAUUUACUGCUAAAUAUAAAUUAAUGCCAUUUUCUUCUCUACGUGGUCGUUUUUAAAGUAUGCGAACAAGUGAAAAUAACGAAACCGGAAAGUAGUAAAAUAAAUAUAUGUAUAAAAGAUAAGCAAUUCAUUUUGGCCGUCUUCGCUAUAUCAACUUAUUUCUUGGGCUUUCGUUAUUAAUUUCUUUACAUUUACUUCGUUGGAAACGUGUUAGUCUAAUAUUGAAAAAAAAAAUAAAAAUUAAAUAAAUAAAAAUCUUGUGUAAAGCUACGUGAUAUCAAAGCGAUGUUAGAUUUAAAGAAAAAGUGAUGUGAAAAAUGCCUUUGCUGGCUUGUGUGUACAAAAGUUAAAUAUAAAUUAAAGAAAAUUGAAAAUAUAUCUGUUUCAAGUGUAAUGAUAGGAAUUCCAGUUCAAAACAUAUAUGUUUUGCUAGCACAAAUCUACGUAAAAUAUACCAGACACCAAUACAAGCAAAUCCACUGUAUAUAAAGAUAUUCAAAAAGCGCUAAAUAAUUAAUAUUGAGAAAUUCCUUCGAUUGCCCGUCCUCCCGUGAAAAAAAAAAUAAAUAAAAAUAAAAAAUAAAUAAAUAAAAAUCAAUAAAGUUUCAAAGCCGCAAAGUUUAACGUUUUUAUUUGCGUCAAAUAUAUAGUUUUUGAAUAAACUUACUUAAAAAAUCUUAUAAUAUAAAGUAGUAAAGUUUUUAAAUUAAUAAAAAAAAAUUCAAUAUUAAUUAAAUAAAAAAGUGUUUAAAAGUUGUGUGUUUUUGAAAUCAAUUUGUCAUCCCACAAGCAGAGGUUAUCAAUUCAGUCAACAGUCAAAACUGCACGUGAUCCAAUGAUGCACUACUCAAUGGAGAGGAGUCUAUCAGCUGGUGGGGCUGAUUCCUCCAUGCACAACAAUAGCACCACCAACAACACUACAUCAACAACAACACUCGCAAUGUCAGCAACAAAGAGUACAAAAGACGGCGUGACAAUGCGCGAGAAGAAGGGUGGCGCAUUGCAGAAGCUCAAAAAGAGGCUAUCGCACAGCUUUGGCAGAUUAACGAUAUCACGCGAGGAUGGCGAAGACUCACAUCAUCAUCAUCACCAUCACCACCAUCAUCAUCAUCAUCGCGGUGGGCAUGGGCAUAAUCACGGUAACAAAGUUCCAUAUAAUGGUUAUAAUUCCGAGGAAUAUCUGGAUCGACUGGAACCAAAUGGAAAUAUACCAAGCGAUAAAUCCAAUUGCAGAUAUGGAGCUCAAGAAACUGCAAAACAAGAUAAAACACAAGACUGGCGUAGCACUGACAGCACCGACCACCAUGAUCGCGUCCAACGGCAAUUGUCCGUUUCAUCCGAUAGCAAAUUACUGGACGAUGAUAUACGAGAGGAAACGCGUGUUAUUAUGCGCCCGAAGAAGCCGCCCAGACCUAAAUCGGAGGUCUUCCUUAACAAACAGGACCCGCAUCCACGACGGAAACGGUUUAGUGCAUUUGGCGGCGACUCGCCAUUUGGAAAAUCAGAUGCCUACAUAAAACUGGAGCCACUCGGCGAAGGUUCAUAUGCCACAGUCUACAAAGGUUUUAGCAAUUUAACUCAUCAACGUGUUGCAUUAAAGGAAAUUAGACUGCAAGAGGAAGAGGGUGCACCAUUUACUGCGAUACGUGAAGCCUCGCUGCUGAAAGAACUGAAACACUCAAACAUUGUGACGCUGCACGACAUUGUGCACACAAGGGAAACCCUGACGUUCGUUUUUGAAUAUGUGAAUACCGACUUAUCACAGUACAUGGAAAAGCAUCCCGGCGGUCUGGAUCAUCGUAAUGUUCGUUUAUUUCUGUUUCAAUUGCUGCGCGGUCUGUCCUACUGCCAUAAGCGACGCGUUCUGCAUCGUGAUGUUAAGCCGCAAAAUUUGUUGAUUAGCGAUUGUGGUGAAUUGAAAUUGGCGGAUUUCGGUUUGGCGCGCGCUAAAAGUGUUCCCAGUCAUACGUAUUCGCAUGAAGUCGUUACGUUAUGGUACCGUCCUCCAGAUGUUCUGCUCGGUAGCACAGAAUACUCGACAUCACUGGACAUGUGGGGUGUCGGCUGUAUAUUUGUGGAAAUGGUAACUGGCAUGCCAACAUUCCCCGGCAUACGUGAUACAUAUGAUCAACUGGAUAAGAUAUUUAAAUUGCUUGGCACACCCACUGAAGAGACGUGGCCGGGUGUUACACAUUUUCCUGGUUAUAAACCGCAUAAGUUAGGUUUUUAUCGACCCCGCAAGUUAGGUCACAACUUUCCUAGACUUUAUGAUAUCGUUGAUGGUGAAACGAUAGCGAAUGCCUUUCUACAAUUGAAUCCCGAACAAAGAGUUGGUGCCGAAGAGGCGCUGCAACAUCCCUAUUUUGCGCCGUUGCCGCGAAAACUCUACGAGCUGCCCGACGAGACAUCAAUAUUCACCGUUGAGGGUGUACACCUGUUUCCUGAGCUGGAUCGGCAAAAUAAAUGAAAAUCAAAGCAAGUCCUUUCCGUUGAUGGUGUACGUUUCUAUUGUUAGCAGCAGCAGCAGUAGCAGCAGUAGCGGCAGCAGCAACAGCAACAGCCAUAAAUAUUCUGUAAUGCAAAGAGAUGGCAGAAACAACAACAACAACAAAAACUAAACACUUGAUUAAGUAUUUUUUUACGAUUAU